CCACGCCCUUCCCCGCGCACCGCCUGCUCGGGGAAAUGCCAGCGCCAUGCGCCCACAGCACAGUGCACCUGCACGCCGCCCUUAAAGCUUCACUCCUCUGCUUACUGCCUCCCUCCCCUGCAGCUCCCACUCACUAGAUAUUGCGCUUGCGCUUGCGGGAGCGACCAGUGACCAGUGCCACCCACCUCGCCCAUGGCCUGCUGUUUCCUGGUGGCAUAGUCAUAGUGAGUGGGGAAGGAGGUCCAUGGCACUCUGUUUCUUGCCGCCAGUCUAGUCUAGCAAGUGUUUCGCUGUGCUGCCCGAGGCCCGAGCUCCUGCCUGGGUAAGGGUUUGUUUCUCGCGUAUGGCAAUGGUGACGGUGGCGCACUUCUUGCUCCCGAUUCUUCUAUUUGCCGUCGUGAGCUCGGCUGUGGCAGCGACGGAGCAAAAGGAGACCGAGGCGGCGGCGCUGCGGGAGUUCAAGCGCGCGCUGGUGGACGUCGACGUGCGCCUUUCGAGCUGGGACGACGCGGCGAGCCCGUGCGGGUGGGCCGGCAUUGCCUGCUCCGUCGCACGUGAGGUGACCGGCGUCACGCUCCACGGGCUCGGCCUCGGUGGAGCGCUCUCCCCCGCCGUCUGCGCGCUCCCGCGGCUCGCCGUGCUCAACGUGUCCAAGAACGCGCUGUCCGGCCCCGUCCCCGCAGGGCUCGCCGCGUGCCGCGCGCUGGAGGUGCUCGACCUCAGCACCAACUCCCUCCACGGCGCCGUCCCGCCAGAGCUCUGCGCGCUCCCGUCCCUCCGCCGGCUCUUCCUCAGCGAGAACCUGCUCACCGGCGAGAUCCCCGCCUACAUCGGCAACCUCACCGCCCUGGAGGAGCUCGUCAUCUACACCAACAACCUCACCGGCGGGAUCCCCGCGUCCGUCCGCACGCUGCAGCGGCUCCGUGUGGUCCGCGCGGGUCUCAACGACCUUUCCGGCCCGAUCCCGGUCGAGAUUAGCGAGUGCAGCAGCCUGGAGGUGCUCGGGCUCGCGCAGAACAGCCUCGCCGGGACGCUGCCCCGCGAGCUCUCCCGGCUCAAGAACCUCACCACGUUGAUCCUGUGGCAGAACGCCUUGACCGGCGAGAUCCCACCGGAGCUGGGGAACUGCACGAACCUGGAGAUGCUGGCGUUGAACGACAACGCCUUCACCGGCGGCGUGCCGAGGGAGCUCGGGGCGCUGCCCAUGCUCGUAAAGCUCUACAUUUACCGGAACCACCUGGACGGCACCAUCCCAAAGGAGCUCGGGAACCUGCAGAGCGCCGUGGAGAUUGACCUGUCAGAGAACAAGCUGACAGGAGCCAUCCCGAGCGAGCUCGGCAAGAUACAGACGCUACGGCUGCUCCACCUCUUCGAGAACCGCCUGCAAGGCAGCAUCCCGCGGGAGCUGGGCAAGCUGGGUGUCAUAAGGAGAAUAGACCUGUCCAUCAACAACCUCACCGGCGCAAUUCCGAUGGAGUUUCAGAACCUGCCCUGCUUGGAGUACCUGCAGCUGUUCGACAACCAGAUCCAUGGUGCCAUCCCUCCUUUGCUAGGGGCGAGAAGCACACUGUCGGUGCUGGAUUUGUCGGACAACCGGUUGACGGGCAGCAUCCCGCCGCACCUGUGCAGGCACCAGAAGCUCAUCUUCUUGAGCCUGGGGUCAAACCGUCUCAUCGGCAACAUCCCUCCGGGAGUGAAGGCUUGCAAGACCCUGACCCAACUCCGGCUGGGGGGUAACAUGCUGACGGGGAGCCUGCCCGUGGAGCUGUCGGCGAUGCAGAACCUGUCGGCGCUUGAGAUGAACCAGAACCGCUUCUCAGGCCCGAUACCGCCUGAGGUCGGCAAGUUCAGGAGCAUAGAGAGGCUCAUUCUGUCGGGGAAUUACUUCGUCGGACAGGUCCCCGCUGGCAUUGGCAACCUCACGGAGCUUGUCGCCUUCAAUAUAUCAUCCAACCAGCUCACCGGACCCAUUCCUCGGGAGUUGGCAAGGUGCACAAAGCUACAGAGGCUUGAUCUCAGCAGAAACUCCUUCGCCGGCCUCAUUCCUAAGGAGAUCGGCACACUGGUGAACCUGGAGCAGCUCAAGCUAUCAGACAACAGUCUGAAUGGCACCAUUCCUGCAAGUUUUGGAGGCCUUUCCCGGCUCACGGAGCUGCAGAUGGGAGGCAACCGUCUGUCCGGCUCUGUGCCGGUUGAGCUUGGCAAACUCAAUGCCCUCCAGAUUGCUCUAAAUCUCAGCUACAACAUGCUAUCCGGUGAGAUCCCAGCUCAGCUAGGGAACUUGCGGAUGCUGGAAUACCUCAACUUGAACAACAAUGAGCUUCAAGGAGAGGUUCCUUCCUCCUUCACUGAACUCUCAAGCCUCAUGGAGUGCAACCUUUCCUACAAUAAUCUUGUUGGGUCGCUUCCCAGCACCCUGCUGUUCCAGCACCUGGACAGCAGCAACUUCCUUGGGAACAAUGGCCUCUGCGGUAUCAAAGGAAAAGCUUGUUCACAUGCAGCCUACGCAAGCAAUGAAGCAGCAGCACGCAACAAGCGGUUUCUUAGAGAGAAGAUCAUCAGCGUUGCCUCUAUCAUCGUCAUAUUGGUUUCAUUGGUGCUGAUUGCACUUGUCUGCUGGCUCUUAAAAUCCAACAUGCCCAAGCUUGUAUCAACUGAAGAGCGCAAGACUGGGUUUUCUGGUCCUCACUACUUUCUUAAGGAGCGGAUAACCUAUCGGGAGCUUUUGAAAGCCACCGGGAGCUUCUCGGAGAGUGCUGUGAUUGGAAGGGGUGCUUCUGGCACAGUCUACAAGGCUGUCAUGCCUGAUGGCCGACGAGUUGCAGUGAAAAAGCUCAGAUGUCAAGGAGAAGGUUCCAGUGUCGACAGAAGCUUCCGAGCCGAGAUAACUACCCUUGGAAAUGUCAGGCACCGCAACAUCGUCAAACUCUAUGGUUUCUGUUCCAACCAGGACUCCAAUCUUAUACUGUAUGAGUACAUGGAAAAUGGUAGCCUUGGAGAGUUGCUUCAUGGCACCAAGGACGCAUACCUCCUGGACUGGGACACACGGUACCGGAUCGCCUUCGGGGCUGCUGAAGGCCUACGCUACCUUCACAGCGAUUGCAAGCCAAAGGUGAUUCACCGUGACAUUAAAUCCAAUAACAUACUGCUCGAUGAGAUGAUGGAGGCUCAUGUGGGAGACUUUGGUUUGGCAAAAAUCAUCGACAUUUCCAACAGCAGGACCAUGUCCGCUGUAGCCGGUUCAUACGGUUACAUUGCCCCAGAGUAUGCUUUCACCAUGAAGGUGACUGAAAAGUGUGAUAUUUAUAGUUUCGGGGUGGUUUUGUUGGAACUAGUGACUGGGCAAUGUGCAAUUCAGCCUCUUGAGAAAGGAGGAGAUCUUGUCAAUUUGGUGAGGCGGACAAUGAACAGCAUGACACCAAAUUCUCAAGUUUUUGACAGCAGACUCGAUCUCAACUCAAAGAGGGUUGUGGAAGAAAUGAAUCUGGUGAUGAAGAUUGCAUUGUUCUGCACCAGUGAAUCACCAUUGGAUAGGCCUAGCAUGCGAGAAGUGAUAUCAAUGUUGAUUGAUGCUAGGGCCUCUUCUUGUGAUUCAUUCUCAUCUCCAGCAUCAGAGUCACCUAUUAAAGAUGAUUCUUCCUUUAGGCUUUAGAGGCAAAUAUCUUCAGGCUUUUACCACUCAUCUAUCAAGGAAGGAUCCAUGGAUUAACUAAGUACAUAGCUAAAGACCAUCUAGUGUAUGCCUGAGCUUCGGGAUGGAACAGGAAAUCUAUCAUUCUGACCUAGAUUAACCAGAGAAGCAUUUGAAGUUGUAUACUCCGAAGACAGAUAAUUCAAGGCGCUCCUUCUACGGAACACCCCAGAUAGGCCGAUAGGUUCAGCUCCGACAGUCGUUAAACGGACCACUCGCGCCUAAGACUGAUACCGUAGCGAUAGCAGUGUACUGUACAUACUGCAAACAGCAUACUAACAUUUUUUUUUCGAUGAACAGGGAGGCCUCUCCCCGGUUCCAUUAACUCAGAAUGAAACCAUACAGCGUUGUCCCCUUACAUACCAGCUACUUGUCUCGAGAGGUUCAGGUUUUAUUACAAACCAGGCAUGACAGCAAGGCUAACAAGACUAGAAGAAAGGCAGAGGAAGAUAAAAACUGGCCUAAGGUAUGUCAGGCUACAAGAGUCCAGCAUCUCCGACCGCGCGACGGAACGUGACAGCUGCAGCUCACAUCAUGAUCGCGUCAACACCCUUUCUGAACUUGAGCGGGGGCGCCAGAGCCACCUGAGGAGACCAACAGAUCGCGGGCGUGGACACCGGGCUGAGCUCACCCUGUGCGUUCGGUUUAUUCGGUUUACAUGGUUCGGUUUAUAUGGUUUUUCGGUUUGUACGGUA